AGUUCAUUGACUCUCACUGACUUACUCCAGUAUGGCGAGAUCACACAGAGCCGUCUGUCGUUACACCGGAGAUCUCGUGAAUGAAUCGUGACUCAGCUGCACUGAAUCAUCGGAUACGAUGAGAAUCUAAUGAGAAAUCAGAGGCGGAGAUGAGAGUCUGAUGUUGGAGGGUUUUUAACAGGAUCCGAGCGGCGGAAAUUCGCUCCGGCCUCUUGAUGCUCUUCACCUGACUGACCUACAGCCGAGAUCAGGAUGAUAGAGGAGAGACGGAAGGGGAAUGUCAUGGCCGACAGGAAGCAGAUCUUCACGGAUAUGAAGACGCAGAAUUAUGACACCAUCCGGCUGUCCACGUACCGCACCGCCUGCAAGCUCAGAUUCAUUCAGAAGAAAUGCAACCUGCAUCUGGUGGACGUGUGGAACAUGAUCGAGGCGUUCCGUGACAACGGUCUGAACACGCUGGACGUCUGUACUGAGAUCAGCAUGGCUCGGCUGGAGACCAUCAUCACCUGCAUCUACCAGCAGCUAAACAAACGGCUGCCCACCACACACCAGAUCAACGUCCAGCACAACACCAGCCUGCUGCUCAACUUCAUGGUGGCGGCACACAACAGUGAUGCUCAGGGAAGGCUGAUGGUGUUUUCAGUGAAAGUGAUGCUCUCAGUGCUGUGUGGAGGGAAACUGGUUGAUAAACUUCGCUAUAUUUUCUCUCAGAUAUCAGAUACUCAUGGUGCGAUGGUGAUGUCCAAGUUUGACCACUUCCUGCAGGAGGUGCUGAAGCUGCCCACUGCCGUGUUUGAGGGGCCGUCGUUCGGUUACAUGCAUCACUUCGCCAGAUCCUGCUUUCCUCAACAAAAGAAGGUGAUGCUGAACAUGUUUCUGGAUACUCUGAUGUCAGAUUCUCCUCCUCAGUGUCUCAUUUGGCUUCCUCUGCUGCAACGGCUAGCAAACGUGGAGAAAGUCCAUCAUCCGGUGGUGUGUUCUUUCUGUCGGUCGGAGAGCAUGAUGGGAUUCCGUGUGCCGAGCAGAGAGCCAUCCCACCCCAUCUACCCAGAAUACCCCGAGAAACCCCUCAACCUGUCCAAUAUAGUUCCUCCCCGUCCAAUAGGAAACAUGAAUGAACCAGUUCUGCCCCCGUCUGCAGGCCCCAGCCCCACUAAGAGAACGCCGACUCUAGCCACAGCUCAGCGUAUGAAUGAGGAACACGCUCUGAUCGCGGCAUAUGUGAAUAAACUCCAGAGCAGCCCACGUGCGUUAGACAGUCCUAGCCGAACGGAUGAAGAGCACAGACUCAUCGCUCGUUAUGCCUCUCGUCUGGCCAUGGAUCCUGGACACACAGGAAGACCUUCAGACUUCAGCUACAACACCAACAAACAGCAGAGAGAGCUGAUCAUGCAGCUGGAGAACAAGAACAGGGAGAUUUUACAGGAGAUCCAGUGUUUGCGAGCAGAGCAUGAACAGGAAUGUCAGCCGACUCCAGAGAGAGUCCAACAAAACCCGACCCUGCUGGCAGAACUCAGACAGCUCAGGCAGAGGAAGGGUGAGCUGGAGCAGAGGAUGUCGUCUCUACAGGAGAGCAGGAGAGAGCUCAUGGUGCAGCUGGAAGGACUCAUGAAACUACUGAAGGAUGAGGAGCAGAGACAAGCUGCUCAAGCCGCUGGCUCCUCCCCCAGCCACGCCUCCCCUCGUUCUGUGCCGAUGCCCAUUCGCUCUCCUUCCUCAGGCUCCACCCCCACACACGCAGGCCACACCCCCACCCACGGGCCCCAGGACUCUUUAGCUGGAGUGGGUGGAGAUGUUCAGGAAGCAUUUGCUCAGGGACCUCGCAGAAACCUGCGAAAUGAUCUCCUGGUGGCAGCAGACUCCAUCACAAACACCAUGUCUUCACUGGUCAAAGAGCUCAACUCCGUAGAAGAUGGAGGAGAGGAGGAUGAGAGACUGCUGCAGAAUGGGAAAGACAGAGGUUAAGCCAAAUAUGAAGCAAGCAGUGCCAUGUGUGGGUCACCAUGCAAACGCAUCAUCACCACAAAGACAAUGACCUCUGAACCCAGACUCAGCCAAUCAGCGAGAGGUCAGGGAUUUGAGUUCCUGUGGAUUGCUUGAGAAGGAAAAUGUUUUGUUGUUUUCAAUGUUUCUUUGUUUUGAGAUAGAGAUGCAGGUUUAAGGGGUCUGUGUUGCAGACCUGCUAAUUUGACUAGCUAUGCUCGUUUGAUUUUGUAGCUGAUUUUGUUCAAGUUUGAAAGCUUUUGAUGCACCCAAAGAUGUGUCAGAUCUGUCGAGAACGAGACCGAGGUGGGAACGGAACGCAAUAGAAAGUGAUGCAUGAUUGAAGGACGAGCGUGACGAGUUGACUGGCUGGCUGAGGUAUGUGGGCGUGGCUUGCUCGAUGUGGGUGUGGUCAUGUUGAUUUCGAGGACGCAGUUGCUGCGAAUGCAGUAUAAAGACCUUCCAAAGGAACUAAAUGAAAGAAAAGGGUCAAGUUCAGUACUGUAAUUUAUUUUCAAUUCAAUUUUUUUUUUUUUUUUCAGUAGCGGACAGCAUUUUUAGCAGCUUUUCGGUGUACAUUUGCGGAAAUAUUUUAGUCAUUUCAAAUACUCGAUUUCAGAUUUUCAAGUCUGAUACAGCAUUUAUGUAUAUUUAAGAUCAAAUUUAUUUAGUUUUAUAGAUUUUCGAACUGGUACUAUAAUAAAGAGGCGGAUUAUGUACUGUGCUUCUAUUACUGGAUUAAAUUAACAUUGUUAAUUUUGUUGAUUUUUUUUCUAGAAGCACUGUUUGUAGUCAAUAUUUCCUGUGAACGGACAUUUCUUACCUACAAACAUUGCACACACACGUCUGAUCUGCUGUGUGUUUUUCUCGAGGUGUGUGUGUAUUUGUGUGCCUCUAUAAUUGUGUGUUUGUGCAAAGCUGCAAUGUGAAUCAAAUUGAUGCCUUUAUUUCAUUGUAAUCUUAAAUAUCUGCCAAAAAUGACUUGUUGAUUUAGUUUUUUUGAAGUCUUUCAUCUUGUUAUUUACUCCUAUAAAAAUUUGCUGUGUUUUUUGUGACACAUUUGUUUCUGGACCUCUGCGUCAUGUGAUUCUACCUGUGGUACACGAGGUUUAAUGACAUCACUUCCUGUGCCCUUCGGGUCAAGAGCUCUUCUGUGAAAGCUGGCUGGUUUGGUGGAGGCGAUCAUUACGGUGCCGGUUGCUGCAGUGUUUCGCUCUGUCCACCAAACAAAUUUUUCAUAUUUUUUAAGAAGCAAAUUUUGCAGAAAUGAGGCCGUGAUUUACACGCAUGUGAUUUCAAGUGAUGAUUUGUUGUGUUCAGAAUAAAUGAUAU